AUCCCAACCCGAUAUGCUGUCUCUCUACGGUUACGAACGACCCGCUCCAUUUUCUCGUGUCCGGAUCACAAAAGCCCGACGUAACUGCUCCCCACAGUGGUCUCCAUUUUCUUCAGCCUUCAGUCCCUGACCUUGCGGAAAGACCACCACACCACACGCACGUUGCUGUACCUGUAGCCCAACAAGCCCUACACCUCUCAGCUCUCGGUCACAGAUGGAUCCCACGCCACGGGCAGUGCUGAGCCACAGCAGCAGUGGCGGGGCGAAGGGAGGAGGAGGAGGAGGAAGCCACGCGCACUACAGGGGCGUGAGGAAGCGGCCGUGGGGCAGGUACGCGUCCGAGAUCCGCGACCCGUGGAAGAAGACGCGGGUGUGGCUGGGCACGUUCGACACCCCCCUGGAGGCCGCCCUCGCGUACGACCGCGCCGCGCGCACGCUCCGCGGCGCCAAGGCCAGGACCAACUUCCCUGACGACCACGCCGGGCAGGGGCAGCUGCAGCAGCAGCACCUCCGUCGGCGCCAACACCCGCCGCCGCAGCACGUCUCGUUCGGAGGCGUCGGCGUCGACUGCGCUUCUCCGUGGCAUUUCGUCUGCUUCCAGACACCGACGACGGCCCCGGCAACCGAGACACCGUCAACGGCACUGGAGCUGGGCACGGGCCGAAGGUGCGGCGGUCUCCCCUUCGACCUCAAUGAGGCGCCGUCGUGCUGAUGCUCCAUCGGACUGUGACGAGGCAGCAGUGGCGAGCAGGUGAGGGCUCAGGGCUGGGCUGGCCGCUGGUGCCUGGCGCUGGGCAAGGGGGUCAGCAGAGUAGUGGGGUGCACCACUGGUCAGGCUAGCUGUAAACUGUACAUAUGAGUGUAUAUUUAAGGAAAGCUUAGCUUAGCUGCUUAGGCCUAUCUUGUUGGGCGGCUUGUUUUCGUUUAAGGAGUUACCACUUCUGGUGUCCUGUG